AUGGCGGAGCGGCAGGCGGGCCCGGCGCCCGGGGACUGGGAGGUCGAUGUGGAGAGCUUGGAGCUGGAGGAGGACGGCCACAGGGCGCCACCACCAGCCGCCGAGGACGGCGAGGACGACGAGGAGGAGGAGGACGAGGAGGGAGACGCGGAGGAGGAGGGCGACAGCGAGGCGGCGGCUGACCCGGGACCUGGGGCGCCGCUCGGGCAGGACCUGCAGGGAGGGCGCCCCAGGCAGUCAUCGGCGCCGCAGGCCGCGUGCGCCCUGGCCGGGCCCCCGGAGCGCAGCGCUGCCGCCGAGCCGCGCAAGCUGAGCCGUACGCCCAAGUGCGCGCGCUGCCGCAACCACGGGGUCGUGUCCUGCCUCAAGGGCCACAAGCGCUUCUGCCGCUGGCGUGACUGCCAGUGUGCCAACUGCCUGCUGGUGGUGGAGCGACAGCGCGUCAUGGCCGCCCAGGUGGCGCUCCGGAGGCAGCAGGCGACCGAGGAUAAGAAGGGACUUUCUGGGAAACAGAAUAAUUUCGAGCGCAAAGCCGUGUACCAGAGGCAAGUCCGAGCGCCCAGCUUGCUGGCCAAAAGCAUUCUCGAAGGCUACCGCCCCAUGCCCCCUGAGACCUACCUGGGAGGGACCUCACCGCUGCCUCCCCCUGUAAGUGACAGAAUGAGGAAGCGACGGGCCUUUGCAGACAAAGAGCUGGAGAACAUUAUGCUGGAGAGAGAAUACAAAGAGAGGGAGAUGCUGGAGGCCUCCCAAGCUGCUGCCUUGUUCCUGCCCAACCGGGUGGUCCACGGGCCAGAGUACAAUUCCUACAAAAACCUCUACAGCCUCAGCCCCGGGGAUCCCCCCAAGGACUUCUGCAACUUCCUGCCGGCAUGCCUCGAUCUCACCAUGCAGUAUUCCGGCUCUGGGAACAUGGAAUUAAUUUCCUCCAACGUCAGUGUGGCUACGACCUAUAGGCAGUACCCUGUGUCCUCCAGGCUUCUGGUCUGGCCCAAGUGUAGCCCCAUCAGUGACAGCCUCCUUUACCAGCAAUGUCUGGUGAAUGCCACCACAUCUGUGCAAACUCUGAGGCCGAGCGUGGGCUGGGAUGCUAAGGGGACACGCCUCCCCGAUGCUCUGAGCCCACAGGACAUGAUGCCGGCCAAGCUGGAAGGCUCGCUGGUGCUGCCCCCCACUCCUGAGGUCCAGGCCCCAAGAGGUGACCUGCAGGCCCACCAGCAGGUGCCCGAGAGGUCUGCCUUCACCCCGCCCCGACGGAAUUUCUCUCCUAUGGUGGACUCGAACCCUCUGGCUGCCCCAGCACCAGCCUUGACCAAGAUCGGCAAAGACAGCUCUAGCCAUACCAUGCCACUCAAACACAGCCCUUUCCACUCUUUGUUCCAGCAGAUGCUUCCCGACAAAGCAGCGCCCGAACUGAAAACGCCACUUGCCAAGGAGGCCUUUGAGGAGGGCGCGAUGAGGCACAAGGAGGGUCCCAUCAGGGAGAGCCAGGAGUACACGUUUACGAUAGACAGAUGCACCAAAGACCUUUUAGUAGCCAAGCAGGUGGGGACAAAGCUGUCCGUGAGUGAGCCCCUGUCAUUUUCAGUGGAGUCCAUCCUCAAGAGGCCAUCAGCGGUCAUCACUCAUGUCUCCCAGUGA